AUGCUUUGGGAGCGGCUCACCGAGCAGGGCAUACGGGCCGGCAGCGUCGCAUUCUACAAGCCAACAGACGAGCCGGCGCAACAGAGCAUCGUUGUUGGCGCAAGGGAAGGGUGGGGGGACGAAGCCGACGAUCAGCGGAGGCAGUGGGAAUCUGAUGGACGGCUGCAGGGAGGGGGUCGCAGCCUCAACCACUUCUUAGCCGUCUCUCCUGCACGGUUCUUCUUCUCCUCCAGCCACCGAGAUCCUGUCGGGUUGCUAUUAUCAGAGGUGCUGAUGCUGUUGGUGCCGGAACGGUCAGGCACCAGGUCACUACCCAGGCACCCCGAGCCACAUGGCAUCCAGCACAGAACCCAGCACAGAACCCAGCAGAGCAUGCACCCCACAGCUGUCAGUGCUUACUGCAAAACCACAUUGUUGGCUGCUCACCACCACCAUGGCCGAGCAGAGCCCCAGGGCCAGGCAGUGCUGCCGUCGGCUAGGCUGCCAGGAAAAAUAGAGGAGAAUCUAUAUGCAUCCACUACCGGCCCGGAUGCUACCAUCUUUACCAUGUCCUCCUCCACAUUCCCGGCCACGAGGGUCUUGUUCCACAGCAGCAACACAUUACAAACAACUCCCUUGCAGGACCCAGGACAGGACCCAGUAACAGGACCCAGGACAGAACCCAACAGCAGGACCCAGCUCGGGACGGUCCCGCCUAGUUAUAUCUCCGUCUCUCCCUAUCCAGCCGACAUCUAG